AUGAAGAGAGGGCAAAAAAAGCCCUCAAAGCCUGGGGCAGUCGAGCCCCCGGUCUCAACGGGCCGGCCACCGGACAUCACAGUCAACCACGCCUCUCGCCAGCCCGGCCCAUUAGCCCAGGCCCAACUCCCCAUCCCCCAAAACCCCAGCGUAGUCGAGGUUCUCCCCUCCCUUAAGGACACCCCACUAGCCGAGCGUCACGCCCUUUUCAUCCGAAAGGUCCGAAUCUGCUGCAUCCCUUUCGACUUCUCAGACACCAUGAAAUCGGCCCGCGAGAAGGAGAUCAAGCGCCAAACCCUAACCGAGCUCGUCGACCUCGUCCAGUCGGGCUCGUGCAAGAUGAAAGAGAUCAUGCAAGAGGAGCUUAUCCGCAUGAUUUCCUUCAAUUUAUUCCGAUGCCUCCCGCCUGCCCCCCAUGAGAAUUCUGGUUCAGACAGUGGAGAUCCCGAGGAAGACGAGGUUUUUGCAGACCCAUCUUGGCCCCACUUGCAGCUCGUUUACGAGCUUCUCUUGAGAUACGUUGUGUCGUCUGAUAUGGAGACUCGGGUAGCCAAGAGAUAUCUUGACCACACGUUCAUGCUGAGGCUACUCGAUUUAUUUGACUCUGAGGACAUUAGGGAAAGAGAGUAUCUAAAGACUAUUCUCCAUAGGAUAUAUGGACGGUUCAUGGUUCAUCGGCCGUUUAUAAGGAACGUGAUUAAUAAUAUUUUCUACCGGUUUAUAUUCGAGACCGAGAGGUAUAAUGGGGAGGAGCACAAGCUGUUCCUUGUGCGGGCCCUGAUUCCCUUGCACAAGCCUAAGUGUGUGGCUGCAUAUCACCAGCAGCUGACAUACUGCACGGUUCAGUUUGUGGAGAAGGAUUAUAGGUUGGCUGAAGUUGUUAUCCGGGGAGUGCUCAAGUACUGGCCAGUCACUAAUUGCGGGAAGGAGGUUCUGUUCUUGGGGGAGUUGGAGGAGAUUUUGGAGGUCACACACUCUGUGGGGUUCCAGCGGUGUAUAGUGCCUUUGUUUAGGCAGUUAUCUCGUGUGAAAGUUGGAUCAGGUUUUAUUAUGUUUGGUAUGCGUCUGUGCUUGGUCAUCUUGUUAUGUCUUUCGGCUAUAUUUCCUCACAUGUUGCCGAACGGGCUCAACGAGCACAUAGUUGGCCUGAUUGCCAAUAACCGGCACGCGAUUCUCCCCAUCAUAUUUGACUCGCUCGAUAGCAACAUAAGGGCCCACUGGAAUCAGGCAAUCAACGGCCUCAGCUCUAACGUGCGUCGAAUGUUCCUUGAGAUGGACAGCGAGCUUUUCGAACGAGGAAAGAGAGGCCAAAGCCUGCGAAUUUACUCAUACCUCCUCUUCUCUGGAAACAAAGGGAAAUUUGAACAGAAUAUCGAUGGAUAUAAGGUUUUAAGA